UGUUGAUAGACCCAAUGCAUUCAGUAACAACGGCUCAUCUGUUCUCUCUUGCAUACAAACAGCAGUUGAUAUUCCUUCUCAAAGCAGAAAAAUUGAUGUUCCUCCUAAUAUGUUUUUGGGCCAGCCCUCUAACAUGGGGUUGAGACUAACAAUAGAUGGGAGGAUUAUUAAGACAGAACCUGUCUAUGGUGGGAAUUCUCCAUUUGCCUUUGGUCCUCAUGGCAGUUACUUGGAGUCACGUUCUGCAAUGGGUGAUGCAUCUGUUUCGUCAUUUAGUAGUGUGGAGUCUAACACGCAACCUCUUAAUGAACCUCUUCUGGAUGCUGACACUACUUCAUUUGGAUUUCUUGGAGAGAUGCCUCAAAAUUUUGGUUUCUCAGACUUGACUGCUGAUUUCACUAAUAGUUCUGAUAUAUUAGAGAGCUACUCCAGGACUCCCUUUUUAGCAACAGAUACUGGUAGCUUGCUUGAUUCCAAUGGUAGGUGGAUAUUACCAAGAUAAACACUUCUGUACUUUUUGUUUGUUCUCUUUGGAUAACCAAUAUGACUUUCAGGAGGCAUUAAGAG